UAUUGCAAUGUGUUGUCAGUCCUAUUGUAUUGAAUGAAUAUUGGGUCGGUUUGUCAGUCUUUUUCAUGAAUUGAAUAUUGAGUCCUUUGAGUCCUUUUCUGUCUUUUUCAUCCUUGAAUUUUUGCUUUUCAGACCUACUGUGUUUGACAAGGUGGAUAUGCAUAUAUAUCAUGGGGGUAAAAUGACAACAGUACCAAAUUUUCAAUAUAUUGGUGGUGCAUGUGACGUUUUAAAGGGAUGGGGCAUAGAUGAGAUAAGUUCAAUUGAGGUGGGCAACGCUGUCAAGAGCUUUGGAAAUGCCAGUUUUAAAAGUGUGUGGUAUAAGAACCCAAAAAGUGAAGGUGUCACUUGUCUUAAGCCACUAAACUGUGAUGCAGAUACUAUUUGUUUCUUGGAAGAUGUCAAAGGGGUUGGUGUGGUUCAUGUUUAUGCUGAACAUGACUCUGAGGUAGAGGUACAACAUGGUGUGGAGACUGCUGAUGUUGAGAUACUAGACAGGGAUGAGAGUGUUGGUGUUGCACAGGCUGUUGGUGGUGGUGAGGGUGAGGGUGUUGGUGUUACUCCGGCUGUUGGUGUUGAGGGUGUUGGUGGUGGUGAGGGUGUUGGUGUUGGUGAGGGUGAACAAGUGGUUGUUGCUGAGGGUCAUGUUGUUGACAGUGUUGAUGUUGAGGGAAAUCAUGAUUCUGGGGAUGAUGAAUACAAUCCUGAGGUUGAUAAUGAAAGUGAUUCUGAUUCUGACUUCUCAUUUGAUGAUAGUGAUUAUGAGGAGAAUUAUGACUGGAUGAGUGUGCUGCCUCCUGAAUCUCUUAUAAAUUUUCCACCAGAGCCAGGUUUUGCUCCAUCUGUUUUUGAAGGUGAUGCAUCUAGACUAUCAAAUCCCUCAAGACUUUCAGACUUUGAUGAUGAAGAUGGGGAUUCAGAUCACUUUGAAAGCCCAGCUGGCAGUGAUGCUGAAGAAAACAGUAAGAAUAAAUUUCCCAUGUUUAGGCAGCCUCAGGAAGGUGAACUUGUUUCAUUUGAGAAGGGUCAAAUAUUCAACUCUAGAGCUCAGUUCAAGGGUGCUGUUAGAGACUUUGCCCUAGAACAAAGGAAGAAUCUUUGGUUCAAAAAAAAUGAUAAGACUAGGGUGCUUGUGGAGUGUGCUGAAGAAUGUCCAUUCUACAUGAGGAUUACUAGAACCAAGUCCAGGCCUUACUUUCAGCUAGUUGGAUUUAACCCUACACAUACAUGCAGUAGGACUGCAAGGAAUAGGCAAGCCACCAUAUCCUGGCUUGCAAGAAAGCUGAUGCCUAUUUUAAGGCAUACUCCUAACAUGAAGCGUGCUGGAAUUAUUGAGGAGGUGAGAAUAAGGUGGGGCAUCUUGAUUGACAAAGCUAAAGCAUACAGGGUAAGAGUUGCAGCUGCAGAAUUGCUACAAGGAGCAAGUAGUGAUCAAUAUUUGCAUGUGAGAAAGUAUGCAGCAGAGUUGAUUAGAAGCAAUCCGGGAACGACUGCAAUACUGAAGACCAUAGAUGAAGGUGACCAUGCUGUCUUUGAGAGGAUCUAUAUAUGUUUUGCAGCCUCAAAAAAUGCAUUUGCAAGGCACUGCAGGCCCUUAAUUGGCCUAGAUGGUUGCUUCCUCAAAGGUUUAUAUGGGGGGCAACUGCUUACUGCUGUUGGGAAAGAUGGAAACAAUCAAAUGUUUCCAAUAGCAUAUGCAGUAGUGGAGGCUGAAACCAGUGACUCAUGGGCUUGGUUUGUGAAUCUUCUUAUUGAUGAUCUUAACAGUGUGGAAAGAAAAAAUUGGGCUUUCAUUUCUGACCAACAAAAGGGUCUAGUACCUACACUUCGUCAGUUGGGUGAGAAUGUAGAACACAGGCUCUGCGUGAAGCAUUUGUAUGGGAAUUUCAGGAAGAGAUAUCCAGGCAAUGAGCUAAAGCUUGCAAUGUGGUCUGCAGCCAGAGCAAACACUGUUCCAGAGUUUAAUGUUGCAAUGGAUGAGUUGAAAGCCCUUAAUGAAGAGGCUUGGCAAGAGUUGAGGCAGAUUCCUCCUGCUCAAUGGUCCAGAUCUGGUUAUAGCAAUGACACAUGUUGUGAUCUUCAGGUAAACAACAUGUGUGAAGCGUUUAACAGAGCCAUACUUGAGCACAGGGACAAACCCAUCAUUACUUUACUGGAGGGUCUCAAGUUCUAUAUGACAAAUAGGAUUGUUAAACAAAGAAGUCUCAUGCAAAGGUGGACAACUGGAUUGUGCCCUUCUGUUCAGAAAAAAGUGGAAAUCUCAAAGGAUUAUUCUGAUAGAUGGACUGCUGUUUGGGAUGGGGAUAUUCCAAUGAAUGAGUUCUCAGUAUUUAAGGGUAAUGACAAGUUUGUUGUUGAUCUGGGGCUUGGAACAUGUGCCUGUAGGAGAUGGCAGCUAUCUGGUAUUCCAUGUUCCCAUGCAGUAGCAUGCAUGUGGUUUUGUAACCGUGCACCUGAGGAUUAUGUGAACAUAGCUCUUAGGAGAUCCACAUUUAUGGAUACUUACUCUUUUCUCAUCCGAGGUAAUAAUGGACCCAAGUUAUGGAAUGAUGUCCCAGGUCUUCCAAUUACCCCACCUUACAUGAGAAGAGCUGUAGGAAGGCCUAGAACAGCUAGGAGGAAGAACAAUGAUGAGCCAAAGAACCCAAAUUCCCUUAGGAGGUACAACAAAACUGUACAAUGCAGGCGGUGUGGAGAAUAUGGACAUAAUAAAAGGACCUGCAAGGGAAAGGCUGCAGCUGACAGAGAAAUUCCUACUGGAGGAAACAGGAACAAUAAAAAAAGACUUCAUCCUGAGAUGAGGAAACAUAGAGGGGGUGGAGGCAUCAGUAUUAAUGAACCUGGUUCAAGUUCUCAACAACCAGGUUAUCAAGCACCAGAUUCUCAACCUCUAACUCAAGGCAUGCCUCGGCCAAGUCAGAGUCAGCCAUCACAACCAGGAGUUGCCAUAGUAGAUGAAGCUACAGCAGGAGCUGCUACAAGAAGAGGUAGAGCAAAGGGAAAAGGAGCUGCAACAGGGGAUGGAGCUGCAACUGGGAAUGAAGCUGCAACAGGGAGAGGAAAAGCAAAAGUAAAAGAACCUGCAGCAAAGGGGAAAGCAAAAGAACCUGCAGCAAAUGCAAAAGAUGCAACAGGGAAUGGAACCAAAAAGAGGAGUUAUGGACAGUUUAAGGGAACUAAGAAGUGAUUGUGUACCUCUAAAGAAGUUGAACCAUUAGACUUGUGCUGUUAUGUUUGAAGUAUUACUUUUUGAAUUAGACUUGGGAUGUACUUGAGCUGUAAUGUUUUGUCCUUACUUUUUGAACCAUUAGACUUGGGAUGUAUUAAUGAUUGGUGUACUUGAGCUGUUAUAUUUUGUCCUUACUUUUUGGACCAUUAGAAUUGGGAUCCAUAUUUUGUAAUAGCCAUGUUGCUG